AUGCUCCGCAUGAAGCCCAUGGUCCAGGCUAUGGACGAUCUACGGGCGCUCUCGACGGCUAUGAGUGGUGGUGGAAGGGUGACAGCGAGGAUGUAUCCUAUGAAACUGGGUGGAUCGGCACCGAAGGUCUGCUUUCGAGUCAAGAGUUCCUGCGAGAGCAAGUUCAACGAGUUCGGCCGUCCGGUGUAG